AUGCCUCAUAUACAAACAGAGCAACUGCUGGUCAGUGGAACUCAUUCUGGAACACUCGAGAGGAAAUUUCGAUGUUUACGAUAUUCCGUCCGCUUCGGCAAUGUCUCACAGGAUCGAAGUCUUCCACCAUCGGAACAAAUGUCACUACAAACCGCUCAUUCACUAAACAUCGCAGCGAACAUCGAUCGUACAUUCAGCAUCGACCAGUUGGUCACCAGAGAUCUCGUCAUGGUAGAUGCUUUUCUCCGUCGCUCCUUUUAUAACAUCAUUCGUGACGCGAUCGUCGAGGAGACCGCAAUGCUGAUCGAUGCAGACUUUGGUUACCCUCGUGGAGAGCAAUGCCCCAUUUUCCUCAUCGUACAGGCGUUCAAGGAACUUCACCAAGCAAUAAAAAAGAUCAAACGCUUACGAAUGAUCUAG